AUGUUUCGAUCACUUCUUAUUUCGAUUCUGUUGAUUCAUGAUAUUUUUUCGGAAAAUGUAGUUUUAAACUUCGGGAGCCACAACAAACAUUCUCAUGGGAGCCGAGCUAAACGACAAGUCAUAAUACGAGGAGAAGAUCAGGACCAAUACAAAUGGCCCAAUAAUACUGUGCAUUAUUACUUUGAUGAGGAAAACUUUGACUUCUCAAUGAAAGAAACAAUCCUUCAAGCGAUGAAAAUGCUAUCUUCGCAUACUUGCAUCAAAUUCUCUACUGAACCUUCAGACGUCAUCAUUCGAAUGGAGAGCGAUUCAGACAGGAAUUACUGUUUUUCCGAAAUCGGACAUGUCCGGGAAAACCAACAAUUUAGUUUUACAUCUAGUUGCUACUCCGUCGGACUUGCUGUUCAUGAGAUCAUCCAUAGUUUGGGAUUCAUGCACGCUCAUCAGAGAGCCGAUAGAGACGAAUAUCUUCAUUUUGUGAUGGAUUUAGAUGGAAUGUCUUUGCAAGACAGACAACAAUAUGCUAUAUGGGAGCAUCAAAUCCUAUUGGUUCCGUAUGAUUAUGGCAGUGUUAUGCAGUAUGCUGAUGCAGAUGAUAACUACUUUCCAAUCAAUAAGAAUCGAUUUAUGUAUCAAACGAUGGGAUCAGAAGUUGUUGCAUUCUAUGAUUAUCUAAUGAUCAAUAAGUACUAUGAAUGUUCAUGUGGAGAUGAUGCACUGAAAUGCCAGAAUUUUGGAUACCCCAAUCCAUCGAAUUGUUCUCAGUGUAACUGUCCUUACGGAUUUGGAGGUGAUGAUUGUAGUCAACGAGCAGAACCUGGAACUACGCUUCAAGCAACAAAGGGGUGGAAAAACACAACUAUCUCAUUAGAUGCAGGAUUCAAAGAUGUUAACCAUUUAAGAAUGAGGCAGAUAGAUUACAUUUAUAGUUACUUGUGGAUAACGGCACCUGAAAAUAAAACAACCGAGAUUCGUGUGCUCCAAUCCGAAUCAGGAAAAUGUCUCAGAGGUUGCGGUAGAGGUGCGAUUGAAAUAAAGACAAACGAGGAUCCCAGACUGACAAGCCCUCGUUUCUGCUGUAACGAAUCGAAAACCGUUAGAUCCAGUCAUACUCCUACAGUAGUGAUGGCUUAUAACUCUGAAGGACUAAAUGAGUACACAAUUGCUUAUCGUUAUGUGGACACAUAUCAAUAA